GCGGACCAACAGCAAACUUCCCCAACUCUGGUAUCUGCUGCUGGGUGUUUGGGAGGACAUUGCUGUGAGUGUGUGAGAGUGUGUGUGUGUGGGGUGGUGUUGGCUGACCAGAUGCAGCUCCUCUCUGGCUGAAGACCCCCUGUGAGAGGCACCGGCAGGAAGAUGAGCGUCUCCUCCAUGGACUUGCUGUCUGAUGCGGAUUCUGAGGAGGACGAACUGUGCUCGUUGGACUGGUUUCACUUCACACUCUCCCGUCACGCUGCCGAGGCCCUUCUACUCUCCAAUGGACUAGAUGGGAGUUAUCUUCUACGAAAAAGUCACGAUGGUCCAAAUUUAUAUGCUUUGUCUGUAAGGGCCAAAGACUCAGUCAAGCACUUCCAAAUUGAACGUACUGAAUGUUCCAUUAAAUUUGGAUUCAGUGAGUUCCGGUCAUUAAAGGAUUUUAUCAGUCACUUUGCCAACCAGCCCCUUCUUGGCAGUGAAACAGGUACGCUUAUUGUACUUAAAUGCCCGUAUCCUCGAAAAGUAGAAGAACCAUCCAUCUAUGAGUCUGUCCGUGUUCACACAGCCAUGAAGACUGGGUGUACUGAGAAUGAUCUGGUCUCUCAAGCACCCUCAUUGGGGACAAAAGAAGGCUAUCUUACAAAACAAGGAGGAAGAGUAAAGAGUUGGAAAACGCGGUGGUUUAUUUUACAUAGGAAUGAACUGAAGUAUUUCAAGGAUAAAAUGUCUUCAGAGCCAAUUAAAACACUGGAUCUAACAGAAUGCACCGGGGUACAAUUUGACUACUCUCAGGAAAGAAUCAAUUGUUUUUGUUUAGUAUUCCCUGAAAGGACAUAUUACAUGUGUACAAAGACGGGAGUGGAAGCUGAUGAAUGGAUCAAGUUAAUUCGCUGGAAACUGAAUCAAAAAAAGAAAUCAGCAGUGUUACAAAAUCUAUGAAGAAAUGUCUCCAGCGAGCAGCUCCACAGAUAUGUGUCUUUGUGAAAAAAAACAAUUGCAACGGGUGAUUGAAAUAAUGGAGUUUAGGGGUCAAAUCCUAAAUAUCAUCCUGCAUUAUCUACAGAGGUUAGCUGUAGUUUUCAAAUCUUCACUUACAGAAUUCUUUAUAGUUACAUAGGCACCAAGACACUGACAGUAAUAAAAAAAAUCAAACGUUCAAUCGAGUAUAAAUACCUGGAACUAAGAAUGCUGUGGAAAACCAAAGACAGUGAAGUACAUACUGUCCAUCUAAAUGUACCACAUGCUGGUGGUCUUUCGUAGCUCACAUUCAACUUGACUGUACUAAAGAUGAGAACAUAGAAUGAGUAAGUAAUUAACUUCAGUUUGUUUAGUGGAACCCCACAAUAUUGAAAUGAUUUAACUUUCUUGCCUGCUCUGCGCAAUCCUUCUACUGUAGCACGUUUUGGUUGGUGUGUUCAUUACUUGGUAUGCUUUGCUGUGUUCAUUAUAAGGUGUUUUUAUUCUCUGCUGCAACUGUGUUUUUAGGUCAUUUAAGUAAGAAUCCAUCAAUAUAAUGCUGUCUGACACAUUUACUUUAUUACCAACUCAUGUAAGUACUGCUAAGUAAAGCAACAAUUAUCUGAUGCCCUGCAGAGUUUUUUUAAUCAACGUCUACAAUUCUAUCUAAUCUGCUGAUUAGGAUGGUUUCAUUUUUUUCUGCUUACUUUUA